AUGUCACUUCGAAUUCUUCGAGAUGUCUCAGCCAAACUUGAAGGCACACCAUACACCAUUAUGGUAGACGAAACCACUGACGCAAGUACCCAGGAGCAGGUUGUAAUAGUUCUACGAUGGGUGGAUGAAGACCUAGAGCCUCAUGAGGAUUUUAUUGGGCUGCACAUCACUGCUUCAACUGAUGCUAAGUCCAUUGUAGCAAUUAUCAGGGAUGUUCUUGUUCGUAUGAACCUUAGUCUGACCAACUGUCGUGGUCAGUGCUAUGAUGGUGCAGCUGUGAUGAAAGGAUGUCUAUCAGGAGUUGCUGUUCAACUCACUCAAGAUGAACCACGAGCAUUGUUCACUCACUGCUAUGGUCAUAGCCUCAAUUUAGCCUGCCAAGACACCAUCAAAGACAUAAUCCCUAUCAAAUAUGCCCUUGACACAACAUUUGAACUGUCAAAACUUCUCAAGUACUCAGCAAAAAGAAAGUCUGAGUACAAGCGACUUCAAGCUGAGAUGGCUCCUCAAGACCCUGGAUUUAGGACACUAUGCCCUACGAGAUGGACCGUUCGAGCAGCUUCUCUACAGAGUGUUAUGCAAAACUUUUCGGUCAUCCAAUCCAGCUUAGACAGUUUUGCAGAUAUGGCAAAACGAGACCCAGAGAUGUCUGCUCGGUGUACUGGUGUUGCUGCUCAGUUUUCUUCAUUUGACUUUCUCUUUGGAGUAGCAUUAGGAGAAAAAGUCUUGAAGUUGGUUGACAAUCUGAGCAAAGCUCUUCAGCACAAGAAGAUGUCUGCUGCACAAGGUCAAGUGUUAGCAGAACUUACCAUCAAAUCUCUUGCACUAAUGCGUACAGAAGCUGAAUUCUCAAAUUUCUGGGAAAAGUUGAUAGAGAAACAAAGCAAAGAAGAUGUUGCAGAGCCUUCCCUUCCUCGGAAAAGGAAGCGUCCUUGCCGAUAUGAUGAAGGAAGUUCGGGACACUUCGCAACAUGUAUAGAAGAUCAUUACCGGGUUAUGUAUUUUUCCGCUUUCGAUAUGGCAAUUCAGUCUAUCAAAAGCAGAUUUGACCAGCCACACUAUAAGAUAUACAGCAAGCUUGAAUGCACACUUCUGAAGGGUGCUGCUGGAGAGAGCUAUACGGAUGACCUGUCUAGCAUACAGGAGUUGUACUGCACAGACUUUGACAGCAAUAUCCUCCAGACGCAGCUAUUGAUACUGUAUUCUCACUUUAGAGAAACGGCAGUCACACCAGCCCUGAUGGAUGUUGUGGACUAUGUUAAGUCACUAGGGAAACCCGGCCAACUGCUGUUGUCUGAGGUGGUCAAACUUAUACGCUUGAUCCUUGUUGCUCCUGCAACAAAUGCAACUAGUGAAAGAACGUUCUCAGCUCUCCGCAUUGUUAAAACAUACCUUCGGUGCACUAUGACACAGGCAAGGUUAAAUCACCUUUUAAUGUUGCAUGUGCACAAAGAAGCAUGUGAUAGUCUUGAUCUAGAACUAUGCAUAGAUGAUUUCUGUAGGGAAUCAGAACACAGAAGAAACAUUUUUGGCUCAAUGUAGAUUUACGUACAGAAAUAGCCUUGUAAGGUUUGACACAUGUUGUUCUAGUAGUUACUAAGUGUUAAUCUUGCGUUCUCUGUAUGGUAUUCAAGCUUUUAGAGAAAUGUUUAGCGUGC